AUGCCUGAGUCUCCUCUCAGUCCCACGGCAGCCCGUCAAACCCCAGCCAGCAGCCUCCUCAGUCACACAGACAUCGGUGCAAGAGAGAGAGUAGCUAAUGGGGACUCCUGCAGUGGAGUGAGUGGUGAAAACUUGCAGAGUCUCCACCAUAAACAGGUGUUUGUGGCUAUGAUGGCUCCUCAGCAGAUGCAGCAGCUCCUUUCCUCCAACCAGCUGCAGGCUCUCAUUCACCAGAAGCAACAAGCCCUUCUGCUCCAGCAGCAACAUCUGAAAGAGUUUUACAAGAAGCAACAACAGAUUCACCUGCAGCUGCUUCAACAAAAGCCCAGCAAGAAAGUCAAAGAGUUCCCUGCACAGCAGCUUGUGUUCCAGCAGCUCCUCCAGCAGCAGCAGCAGCAGCAGCAGCAGCAGCUCCUCCGGGUGCAGAGACCCAUCCUGUCCUCCCCCGCCCUCUCUCCAGCUGGUUUUAGCCCUGCAAAGAUGCAGCAGAUAUGGAAAGAGCUCACAAACGGAAUAACUGAAGAUAAAACCACAUCGAAAGACAAUCAGGACUCUUCUGCUACCAACAUAAUGUCAACAAAAGUCACAGGGAGGCAGACCGGUGACCAGCAGUCGUCUUCUCCUCGCAGGGCACAAUGUGCUGUCAAAGCUGAUCGCGCUGCCGCACACGCUCUCUACAGUCACGGUGUGUGUCACUGGCCCGGAUGUGAGUCGGUGUGUGAAAACUUCAGCCAGUUCAUCAAGCACAUAGGCAGCGAGCACACUCUGGAUGAUAGAAAUACAGCACAGUGCAGAGUCCAGAUGCAGGUGGUUCAGCAACUUGAGCUUCAGCUCUGCAAAGAACGGGAGCGUCUCCGAGCGAUGAUGGCUCACCUGCAUCUGCCAUCUUUAGAAUCUCAGUUGAUCUCUGCACCCGCAAGUCUACAGUUGCCACAAUCUGAUACGGCUGCUGACCCACACGGUCUUCAGCUCAGUUUAGUCACCGGCACCCACAACCUGGCCUCGCCGAGCCCGUCAGACUCCCCACAACCUCUGGCCUCUGUUAGCACUCCAUCCCAGGGGAGUGAAGAAGAGUGUGCUGGGGCCAUAAGAUGUCGUCAUCACCCUUUGGUCUACUCCCUGUCUUCAGAAAAUGAAUAUGAGCUUUACAAGAACACCGAUAUCAGACCACCUUUCACCUACGCAACACUGAUAAGACAGGCCAUUAUGGAAACAUCAGACAUGCAACUAACACUAAACGAGAUAUACAACUGGUUCACACGGACAUUUGCUUAUUUCAGACGCAACGCCGCCACUUGGAAGAACGCAGUGCGCCACAACCUGAGCCUGCACAAGUGUUUUGUGCGUGUGGAGAAUGUGAAAGGCGCAGUGUGGACAGUAGACGAGGUGGAAUACCAGAGGAGGAGAUCCCAGAAGAUCCCAGGGAGUCCAUCGCUGAUAAAAAAUGUGUCCUCCAGCCUUGAUUUUGGGACGGUUCUGAAUGCCAGCUUACAGACGGCACUGGCUGAGGCGUCACUGCCAGGAUUCAAGAAGGAGUGUGUGAGCAGAAACUCCACGAGUCAAACGCAGGAGAACAAAGCAACAAACAGCAACACUAAACAAAACUUCUCUCCACCAGUCCAGCAGUCUCUUUUCCUUAAAGGCCAAGCGCUGAAUCUGAAUGACCAAGAAUCUCUGAUGGCCACAGUAAAGCCAGCCAUACUGCCGCGCGACAUGACUGAAGAUUAUGAAGAACAUUUUUUUGACCCUGAAUGACAAGAGAACGCUUUCAGACAC